AUGUCAUCAUCUCCUAAAAAUUCUUCAAAUAAUCAGAAUUCACUUUCUCAACGACUAAACGAAGUUAAUUAUAUUAUUAAAAAGGAACGUCCAGAAUGUCGAGUUCUUUCUAUUCAAAGCCAUGUUGUUCAUGGCUAUGUUGGGAAUAAAUGUGCAGUUUUUCCUUUACAAUUAUUUGGUUUUGAAGUAGAUUCAAUUAAUUCUGUCCAUUUUUCCAAUCAUACACGAGCUCGUGGACAGCGUUUGAAUGCGACAGAUUUAGAAGAAAUAUUUGAAGGACUUUGUGAUAAUAAAUUGGAAAGAGAAUAUUCUCAUAUUUUGACUGGUUAUUGUGGAGAGCCUACUUUUCUUCAAAAAGUGGCUGGAAUUGUGAAGCAUUGUAAACAAUACAAACCUGAUUUAUUAUAUGUUUGUGAUCCUGUUUUAGGAGAUAAUGGGAAUUAUUAUGUUCCAAAAGAAUUAUGUACAAUUUAUAAAAAAGAAAUACUUCCCUUAGCUAAUAUAAUUACACCAAAUGCUUUUGAAUUAAGCGAAUUAAGUGGUGGAUUGCCUGUAAAAACCGAAGAAGAAUGUUUAAAGGCCAUUAAAAAACUUCAUUUAAAUUUCCCAAAUCUUAAUUCAAUUAUUUGUACUUCUUUGCUUGUUAAUUCUGAAGGAAAAGAUUUUUUGGCUUGUUUUGCUUCUGAAAGAAUUUUUUCUGGCAAAGAUCAAUCCAAUUUUCUUCACUUUUAUCGUUUUGAAAUGUCUUAUAUUGACUCGUUAUUUACUGGUACUGGGGAUUUAUUUUCUGCACUUUUCCUUGCCUGGUGGGAGGAAACAGAAGGGAAUCUUUGUGAUACUUUAAAAGCAACAAUUUCUUCAAUGCAAGCAGUUUUGAGGAGAACAGCAGAAUAUUCAAAAUUAAAAGAGGCAAAAACUAUAUCAAAAAGAGAAUUGAGACUUUUGGAUAGUCGGAUGGAUUUAUUACAACCUCCUAAUAUUGACCAAAUUAUUUUUAAAGGAAUUGAAUAAUUUUUCAAAUUUU